AUGUCCGACGAGCCAAGUCGGCAGGCUUCCAUCAUCACCCACGUCAACAAGGACCACCAAGAUUCCCUACGUCGCUACCUCCAGCACUUUCUCGCCAUUCACCCCGUCGAGUCCGACGGCCCAGAGCUCACCGACGUCUCCUUUGACCGCCUCCUCAUCCGAAACGGCGACACCGAGCACGCCGUCCCCUUCACGCCACCACUCACCUCCUGGAGCGAGAUUCGCGGCCGGUUCGUCGCCAUGGACAACGAGGCCAAGGAGACUCUGGGCGAAGCUGAGAAGAACGGCAUUGUCAUCCGCGAGUACACCCCGCCCGAGGGCUUUGGCAUCGUCGUCUUCACCGGCGUGGCCUUUUACUUUGCCUGCUACACCUUUCUCGACACCAUCACCCGGCCUGCCUCGACGUCCCACUCCCUCAUCCAGGCCUGCUACCCCGGCGGCGUGGACUGGUUCCGCUGGUUGGUCAAGGCUAUCUUUUGGCCCGUGGUGACCCUGCACACGGGCGAGGCCAUUGGCUUUGACCUCACGCGCCUCACGCCGCAUGGUGUCCGGCGAGGAAGCGCGCUGUGGCUGGCGUGGGUGGCCAACUGUUGGAUCGAGGGCUACACGUCGUGGAAGCGGAUCGACAAGCUCAUUGCGAGGAAAAAUGCCGAGCAGGCCAAGAAGCGUUGA